CGUUGCACGGCCCAAGGAAAAGUUUGUAAUGUCAUCAUUGACAGUGGAAGCUGUGAAAAUGUAGUAUCUAACUACAUGGUGGAGAAAUUGAAGUUGCCAACACAAGAUCAUCCACAACCUUACAAGCUUCACUGGCUCAACAAAGGGAAUGAGGAGGAAUUCAAGGUGUCAAAAUCCGAAGCCCAAAUGAUGAGCAUUAUUUUGGUGCUUGAGGUGAACGAUGAGACGGUCAAUCCACCUGGAGUCAUUCCGUUAUUGUCAGAAUUUUCAGAUGUAAUAUCCGGUGAGAUACCACCAGGGUUGCCUCCAAUGCGAGACAUACAGCAUGCCAUUGACUUCGUUCCAGGAGCAGUCAUUCCUAAUAAGCCUGCUUAUAGGAUGAGUCCCCAGGAACAUGCCGAAGUCCAACGACAAGUUGAAGAGUUGUUGAAGAAAGGGUUAGUUCGAGAAAGUAUCAGCCCUUGUGCUGUACCUGUUCUUCUAGUACCUAAGAAGGAUGGGAGUUGGAGAAUGUGCAUUGACUGCCGAGCCGUCAACAAGAUCACUAUUAAGUAUCGGUUUCCGAUACCUCGGCUUGAUGAUAUGCUGGACCAGUUGCAUGGUGCCACUACUUUCUCCAAAAUUGAUCUUCGUAGUGGGUACCAUCAAAUCAGAAUUCGACCAGGAGAUGAGUGGAAGACUGCUUUCAAGACCAGAGAUGGCUUAUAUGAGUGGAAUGUGAUGCCUUUUGGGUUAACAAAUGCUCCUAGCACAUUUAUACGCCUGAUGAAUCACAACGAAGUUGUGUUCUUGGGUUACAUCAUUACCGCGGAAGGUGUUCGCGUUGAUCCAAGCAAAGUUGUAGCCAUUGACAGUUGGCCAAUUCCAAAAUCCAUCCAGGAGAAGAUCAGCCGCAGACAUGCUCGUUGGAGUGAACUCUUACAGUCUUAUCCAUUCCUUAUCAAACAUAAGGCUGGAACUCUGAACUCCGUAGCAGAUGCCCUUAGUCGUUGCCAUGUACUACUUACAACACUACAAACCAAGGUUGUUGGAUUUGACCUUGUCAAAGAGUUAUAUCAAGAUGAUCCUGAUUUCCGAGGAGUGUGGGAAGCAACUAUAAAUCAACCUUUCCACCAGUUCUACAGACACGACGGGUUUUUAUUUUGA